AUGCUGUCAGCUGUCCUGUGCUUGGCAGUGGUCUGCUCUGCGUUGCUGUCAAUCACAGACGCCAAGCAACUUAUCGAGAACGACGCGCGCGUUUUGCAAGCCGCGCCGACAACGUCCUGGCCGAGUCUUUACUUUGCCGUCACACUCAAGGGCGGUGCUAUGGUGUAUGGACAAUCUGAAUUUCCCAUGUUUGCCAAUCCGGUUUUGUCAAACAACGGAAACAGCGUGAUCUAUAAUGUCCUCGCUCCGUUCCGAGAAAACUUCUUCUCACCUGCGUUCGAACAAACGGUAGUACUUACCAACUACACGAUCGUCGAUGGUCUCGCCUUUCUGGUAAACAUCUCGAGUGCAGACUCCUAUACAGUUCCUUCCACUGAAUGUCUGAGCACGGAAUCAGGCAAACUCGCACUCCCGCCAAUUAACGCGAUUGUCCGAGGUAUCAUGUCGGCUACGCGCAUUGCAGCCCCGGACAGUGCUGACCAGUGCACGAAUGGCCAGUAUGACGUCUCAGUUGGUGACAACAAGUAUACUCUGUGUGCAUCGACGGACCAGAAGUUUUCGCUGACUGGAAGUAACAUGGACAUCGCUGUGAGCUUUGCGAACUUCUGGGGAACCCCACCAGACUUUGGCACACGUUCUGGGUGCAAGGAGGUGGUCAAGCCAGUCGCUGUGGCGUCGACCGGAAAGUCGCUACUGACUACUAAGUAG